CGCGGACUCCCUUCCCCGCGGCCCGCCCGCCCGCCUCACCGCCGCCUCCUUCGCUCCCUCAGAGCGGGCCAGCGGCCGGGACGGAGGCCCGGAGGCGUCGCGGCGCCGAGAGGGCGGGCGGGCGGGCUUCGGAGCGCCGGGAGGGCCGGGUCCGCGGCCGGUCGGUGCGCGGCGGGCGGGCGGCGGGCGCCGGUCUAUAUGGCGGCGGCUCUGUCGGGCCUGGCUGUCCGGCUGUCGCGCUCGGCCGCCGCCCGCUCCUAUGGGGUCUUCUGCAAGGGGCUGACCCGCACGCUGCUCAUCUUUUUCGACCUGGCCUGGCGCUUGCGCAUCAACUUCCCCUACCUCUACAUCGUGGCUUCCAUGAUGCUCAACGUCCGCCUGCAGCAUGGCUUGUGGAAUCUUAGUUUGCCAACCAGCGAUUGAACCCAAGCGCCAGCAGUGAAAGCACCAAGUCCUAACCACUGGACCGCCAGGGAAUUCUCUAAAGAUCAUAUUUUUAAAAAACCUUUAUUAUGGGAAUAGUCAAAUAUACACAGAAGUGGAGUACAGUUGUCCCUUGGUACCUGCAAGGGGUUGGUUUCAGGACCCCUGGGGAUACCAAAAUCCACGGAUGCUCAAGUCCCUUGUAUAAAAUCGUGUAGUAUUUGCAUGUAACCUGUGUAUAUCCUCCCUUAUACUUU